UGCUCAGCAAGCCCAAGGUAGACUCCAGUCCGGUGUCGACAUCGGAAAGUAACCGGGAAGACGGGGUGAAGACAUCAGUCUGUCCUCAACGCUUGUGAGGAGGGAAGGAGUUUGGGCAAAAUUCAUGUAAAGAUGACACAGGCCAGGGAUGGCUGCUGAGGUGGGAGCACAUAGUCAGCUGCUGCAGAGUGAGCUGAAGGCAAUCAGCUGCUCCACUGACUCCACCACUGCAGAAUCCACAACUUCAUCAACCGCGCUCAGAAACAAUAACACACUUCUCAAAAUGCACCCUACAAGCUGUGACAUCCAGCUGCAGACGAGUGAAGACAUAAAUAUCCAAAGUCGAGUGGAUGAUUCGUGGCACACUUCCACGGUGCCCCCUGGCUGGAUCAGAGAGGUGAGGCAGAGGAAAGCAGGCAAGACUGCAGGCAAACUGGACGUCUACAUUACAAGUCCCCAAGGGCAGAAGUUCCGGUCAAGAGCAGCCCUGCACGCUUUCCUCCUGGAAAAUGGAGAAGGGAACUUGGACAUAAACCUUUUUGAUUUCACUGCAUCCAAAGGCCAUGAUGCCACAACUCCCUCCCAAGUGAAACAGAGGGGAAGAAAGAAAAAGCAUGCCCGUGGGCAGCAGGAGGACACGACAGAAAUACUGGAUCCACCUCCGAAUAAAUCUAAAAGGGCCUCUUCCUCCCUCAGAAGUACUAAAGGAAAAAAAGUAAAGAGUUCAGAAGAUACUAAACAUGUUAAUACAGACAUUGUACCAGAGGUGAUCCCACAUGUGCGACAAGCAAAAGGUGCACCUUCAGCCACAGUGGAUGGUGUCACUCUGCAGAAGAGCCCGCAGAGGGUGGGUCUGCUGAGAGAGAAGCUGCUCAGAUUGGCUCCUGCCAAUGACCAGCAAAACACUUUGACUGCUUGCAAAGACAAACAGGCCACCUCGCAGCCUUCUGUCCCCACUCUGAAUGUCGAACCUGCCACUGAGAGCGAGAAUGACGGUGAGGAUGAACGAGGCGGAGAUGAGAUACAGAUUCACAGCAAAGGUGAUAAAAAGCCUAAUUCUGAACCCGACGCUGCUGCUGACAGUCACCGGGUUGCAGAAGAGGAGGUGUUGUCAUCUGACAUCACUGGUGGGAGCUGCACACCAGUGAGAGAACCCCACAAUAAGUCCAAGAGCGCGGAAGACAAACGGAAAACAAGCCUUUAUUUCAGCAAGAAAUCCCCCAGAGAUGUCCUUAGCCCACCCAGGAGGAAGGCCUUCAAGAAGUGGACACCCCCUUGCUCUCCCUACAACCUUGUACAGGAAACCCUUUUCCACGACCCCUGGAAGCUCCUGGUGGCCACCAUUUUUCUGAAUAAGACCAGUGGUAAGAUGGCCAUACCAGUGCUGUGGCAGUUCUUUGAGCGUUACCCGUCUGCAGAGGUGACCCGGGGCGCCGACUGGAAGCCCAUGUCUGAGCUCAUGAAGCCGCUGGGGCUGUAUGAGCUCAGAGCCAAAACGCUCAUCCGCUUCUCAGAUGAAUAUCUAAUUAAACAGUGGCGAUACCCCAUCGAGCUGCACGGUAUUGGGAAGUACGGCAACGACUCCUACAGGAUCUUCUGCGUGGGAGAGUGGAGACAGGUGACACCUGAAGAUCACAUGUUAAACAAAUACCACGCCUGGCUGUGGGAGAACCAUGAAGCACUCGGAAUCUGAAACACAAAGCAGGAGGAACCGCAAGGAGGAUUUGUUUUGGCACGGACAAUAAAAACAGCUGUUACAUAAACACUGCAGUUAUCUAACACUGUUAGUAUUAUGAUGAACCUGCCAAGUUUAACUAUUUAAAAUUAUGUAAUGACAUUCAGAAGAUGUCAGUCUUCUUUAAAAAGUAUUAUUCACUGUGUAAUAAAAUGUUUUAAGUGUUUUGAAAGUUGAA